GCACUCAGCCCACACGUCCUGUGUCAUGUCAACAGUCAAAACCUCAGAGCUGGCUCUUCAUCUGAGGGCUGACAACCGGCUGAACAAGUGCUGAAUGAGCAGGUUUUACCCGGGUCCGGUCGGUAUCCCUUUGGGUUUGUCGGAAAAACAAGCCGCAGCAUGUUUGCUAAGAAGAAGAGGGCACCUGUGCCUAAGGGUCAGGGCGCUGCUGCAGCCAAACAGAUGGGUCUGUUUGUAGAUUUCAACCCCGAGGAGAUGAUGAUGGGUAUGGAGGAGAACCUGGACGAUCCGGAUUUGGAGGCUGAACUCGCUGCUAUUACAGGAAAUAAAGCCGCUGCUGGAGGAAAGGCCAAGCAGAAGGCGAGGACUCCCUUGCCUAUGGAGGACAUUGCAAGAAUGGCUGAUGAUUGUAUGAGAGAUGUAGAUGAGGACGAAGAUGAUGACAACUUGGAAGAUGAUGAAGAUCUUUUGGCAGAGCUACAGGAAGUGGUGGGUGAGGAGGAAACUGAGGAUGCUGUGACUGCUACCUCCACAUCCUCUGACACUGUUGAAUCGUCUCCAGCUAAUACACCGGAGUCCCUGUCGCCGCAGCAUCAGGAAACAAAGGUUCCUGCAGCCCCAGGCAGCCUCCAGCACACCCUAGAAGAGAGGAUAGCUAUGUACAAGACAGCCAUACAGAAUGCCAAGUCUGCAGGAGAAUCCUCUAAAGUCAGGAGAUAUGACCGAGGCCUGAAGACCCUGGAGACCAUGUUAGCUGCUGUCAAAAAAGGGAGGGCUGUGAAUGAGGCUGAGAUCCCUCCGCCUGUUGCCUCUGGUGCUCCCUCUCGACCCGCCGUUCCCCAGCGACCUCCUCCCCCGGUACCCUCCCCACCUCAGCCUGCUCCCCCCGAGCAGCAGGCAGAGGCAGAGCCUGAGACAACAUCAGUUGUACCAGAGAUUGUCGAGCCCAGCGUUGAGGAUGAUCAGUCAUCCUCUGCCACCCUGCCCACUCUGAGCAGCCUGCCCUCGCCAGAGGAGGAGGCAGAGGAGCCCAGCAGCCCGUCCCAGGACAAUCAGUCACAUGUGGGCGAGGCCACCAAGGCGAUGCUUUUGGAGAGGCAAAAGGAAUACAAGAUGGCAGCUUUGAAAGCCAAGAAGCAAGGAGAUGUGGAGCAGGCAAAGCUUUACAUACGGACCAGCAAGAGGUUCGAUGCAGUGAUCGAGGCGUUGGAGAAAGGACAGCCAGUUGACCUGAGUGGCAUACCUCCCUCUCCAGGACAGGUGGAGGGAGGUGCAGCGCCAGUGAAGGAACCCUCCCCUGGUCAGAGCACACAGGCCACACAGCCGGCUGCAGCAGACCCAGCCCCUGCUGUCCCAUCAGCCCCUGCACCUCCUAAGGACGUGCUGGAGGCCCUGGAGCAGAGGCGAGCCAAGUAUGCGGAGGCAUCGGCUCAGGCCAAGGCCAGCGGAGACGACCGCAAGGCCCGAAUGCAUGACCGCAUCGCUAAGCAAUACCAGAGUGCCAUCCGAGCUCACAAAGCAGGGAAAGCUGUCAACUUUGAGGAGCUCCCUGUUCCCCCAGGCUUUCCUCCAAUCCCUGGCCAGGAGGCGGCAGGAGCUGAGCAGGGAUUUGCUGCUGUGCUGGAGGCAGCCAAUAAACUCGCCUCUACUGAUGCUACCGAAGGAGGGGAUGACGAAGAAAAUGAGGAGAAAGAGGAGGAGUCCAAGCCUCCUGUUCCAGAUAAGCCAAAGAAGCCCAUGUUAGCUGUGCCUCCAACGGCUCCGGUGAAAAAAAGAACUCCCUCUCCUUCCCCUGACAGAACGGCCACCAGGGAAGGCCUCUCCAGUACAGCCGUUCAGCAGCUGGACUUCCUGGAGGGCCGCAGGAAGCAGUACAUGAAGGCGGCUCUGCAGGCUAAACAGAGGAAUGACAUGGAUCAGGCCAAGCAGUUUCUCCGCACCGCCAAGGGCUUUGAACCCAUGAUCGAGGCAGCCCGCAGCGGCAAGACUGUGGACAUCAGCAAGGUGCCAUCGCCCCCUGGUGACGAAGAUGAGGACUUCAUCCUCGUGCACCACAGCGACGUGCAGAUCUCAGAGAAAGCAGAGGAGGUUUACACACAACUGGCCAAGAUACUCAAAGAGCAGUACGAUAAAUGUAUGACUUACUCCAAGCAAUUCACACACCUGGGGAAUGUCACAGAAACAACAAAGUUCGAGAAGAUGGCAGAGCGUUGUAAGAAGAGUCUGGAGAUCCUGAAGCUGUCUCAGGCCAGAGGGUUGGAUCCUCCCAAGCAUCACUUUGAAGAGAGGACUUACCACACCGUCAGGAUAUUCCCAGAGCUGAGCAGCACUGAAAUGGUGGUGGUUGUUGUAAGAGGGAUGAAUCUUCCUGCUCCCAGUGGUAUCCAGACAAAUGACCUGGAUGCCUAUGUCAAGUUUGACUUCCCCUACCCCAGUGCGGAACAACCGCAGAAACACAAAACAGCUGUCAUCAAGAACACUAACUCCCCAGAGUACAACCAGAGCUUCACGCUGUCCAUCAACCGGAACCACCGGGGCUUCAAGAGGGUGUUGCUGUCCAAAGGCCUCAAACUGGAGCUGCUGCACAAAGGGGGAUUCCUGCGGAGUGACAAGCCGAUCGGGACGGCCCACGUGAAGCUGGAGAAACUGGAGACGCAGAGCGAAAUCAGGGAGAUCGUAGAGGUGAUGGACGGUCGCAAGCCCACAGGAGGUCGUGUUGAAGUGAGGGUCCGUCUGCGGGAGCCGCUGAGUGGACAGGACAUGCAGACCUCCACGGAGCGCUGGCUAGUCCUCGACCAAUCAAAGGUUCUUGUUUAGAUGCUGCUCCAACAUUAAAGAUCGCUAACAUUAUACAGAUUAAAGGCACUCAAUCAAAAACACUCAGAGGAAAAGGAGGAGGAGGAGGAGGAGGAGGAGGAGGAGGAGGAGGUAGGGAGGAUGUAGAGAUACAGAUGAGAUGGAGGGUCUGCGGUGUGGACCGCCACACUCUGGCUGUCUGACCCGGACCCACACGGGUCUUUGCCAUCUGAAACUUUGCACACUGCAAGACACAGAGCUCUCUUUGACACGGCGGCCCACCAGGAGGAGACAGGGAGCCGCCUUGUGGAAGGCAAGCUGGCCUCUCGCUGCUCUGCCUCGCUGGCGUGCCUCUCGUCUCCCUCUCUGCGGUCUGGGAAGACGCUGCGGGACGUGCACAUUCUCUUACCGAGCGUUCACACAGCUAGCAACUUGUGCUGCCAGUUGACGGAGAUCCGAUCGCUGCCUGUGACCAGAGAUGCUGGCCGAUGCAAAGCGCGGUUCCCUCGUCUGUCGGCUGGACGUGGGGGCGCCGCGUCGUGCACCAACAUCGCUAUAAAUAUACACCACAGACACAGCAGCAAUCAAUGAUGUGUCAAGUCAGCCAUCAGACGAGCGGCUAGCAGGGUGAGCGCAGGGUUAAAGGGGUGAUACACCAGGCAAAACUUAUGGGCAAAGUGAUUUAAAGCAGCAUUUCACUCUUGGCUGAAAAGUUGGCCCCAUGUAUCACUCCUAACUUUGACAACCGAGGUGUGGCCUUGGCUCUCGUUGAAGGGGCUUGAUGUUGAGCUAACCUGAUCCUGCUGCCCUAGAUGAAAGUUUAUAUCAAAAAAUGUGUACAUAUUCCUUCUAUAUACACGGCUCUGGUUUCUAGAACUGCACUAUGCACUAAUACCAAAGUAAUCACUGUUGCUGUAAGAUCCUGCAUAUUUGAAUUUGCAUUCAGCUGCCACACUUGUUACAAUGACACGAUAAUGUGUGUGAGAUUGAACACGGGAAGGAGUGUUGUCACUUUGACUGUUAGGAGUCUUUAUUUUAUUUUAUUUUUUUUUUUUUUUCACAAAUCCACACAAUUCACAGCAAAGGAAGAAUGCAGGGCAGCCUUAUAGAUGUUUUAAAUAGCUAUAACUGAUAGGAAUAAGCCAAGUGAUAAUUCUCAGUGGUACUAAAAGGUGUGAGAUGUGAGAUGUCAUACUUAAAGAUAAUUAUUUUGAAGAGUACACCCCCUUUUCUUUGACACAUAUCAGUUUAAUUUGAUUAAUAUGUCCUCUCACUGUGGCACUAAACAGUUUUAAAACAUUGUCACCUGUAAACGGGUUUGGGACUGUUUGAUUUAUUUGUUUAUUCUCAUGAAACCUGGUUUACACUGUGUAGCACCAGGCUGCGCACAUCAGAAUCAGAUGACUGAGCUGAAUUUAGCUGAUUAUUAUUUUUUUUUUUUUAGCUUUUACUAUUUUAGGGAAAAAAAUAAAUAGAUCUGGGUUUCAUUCCAGAAAGUGAUGAAUCCAUUUUGGGAAAAGAGUCUGCAGUUUGAGAAGUAUCUGUACUUCAGAAAGGCCGAUGAUGCGGUCCUCCAAACUUUGGAAGUAAAGGUCACAGACUGAUUAAAGUUAAAUAAAUUGCAUCCCAUAUGUUUUAUUUCAGUGCCAUUAAUUAUUUUUGAAGACUGCAUCUUUUUUUUCUCCAUAUGGUGAAAUCACAUUUUGGAGUGAAUCUCAUCAGUGUUUUAAAGGAGUGGUGGCAUUUGAAGACUUGCUGAAGAGGAAGCCAUAAUAUGAUACGCUGAGCCAAUUCAAGCCCAUUUCCAGCCGUUAUACCUCCAACAUGGCAGCAGUGAACCGCUGCCCACUGUUAUUGUGUUACCGUGGUCGCAACAUUUCCCUGUCCCAUUUUAUUUUAUGCCGCAUUUUCAGGAAGGCUUUGUACUGGUUUGAGGAAAUGGGACCUGAGGUUUACUACAAACUGGCCCAGUUAAUUCAGCGACAAAUUAAGGCAUUUAAAUAUUGUUACCCAUCUUUUUUUUUAUUUCCUAUUAGAACAUGUUUGACCCUCUGCUUGUUUACAAAGAUGAAUGAUGUCAGAUUGUUUGUGGACACAACAUUUUCAAAAUGUUUCGUGUUCACCUGGGAAAAAUCAUCUCUAAAGUAUACAUAACUUUUAUUUGUUUUACUGUGGACUGAAAUUAUCUACUUUCCUCAAGAAAAGUAUCAUAUCUUGUUUUCAUUCUGCACUGUCAGUUAUUUUCCACGAGUAGAUUAUUAUUUUCCAACUGAUGGAAAUGUUAUUUUUGAGACUGCUCACUGUUGAAGGCUUCAUGAGGAUUCAGUCAAUCAGAAGCUGAUGACCCUGAACAGGCAAAAAAUAAAUAAAACAAAUAAAGCACUCAUUUCAAUUUUCUAUAAGUUUUUUAUUAUACAUAUACUACAGUUUUUUGAUAAAGACCGCUUUUAUUGACAAAAAAAAAAAAAAAGAUGUACAGGGUUUUUGGCUUUUCAUACAGUUCUUUUUGACUGAUGUCAGUGUUUAAUUAAAAAGAAAAUAUUAAGGAUUUUAACAAAACCCAGUCAAUGACAGGAUUGUAUGAAUGGAUUUUUCUUUUUCCUCAGUUCAAUCCACAAAACAGAAAAUACUGUCAAAAUGCAAAGUUGAUAUGCUCUCGUCACCAUUGCAAGCUCGUUUCUGUAUGCAUGCAAUGUUAUAGUUUGGAUAGUAACAUAUUACAACUGAAUAAAAAAAAAAAGAAAAUGCUACUUUCAAUAAAACAAAUUGCACCUUUUGGAUAUAGGACAUAUUGCACAACUUCAGAUAAUGCCAAAAAAAAAAAAAAAAGGUAACAGAAAACAGGGAGCGAGAGUCACAAAAAUAAAUCCUCGGUACGUCUCCUCUUGGUUUUGCUAAUUUCUAGAAAGAACUGCCGAUGGUGGUCGGUGAAAGCUUCUCCCCUGAAAGCCGUGUCGCACAGUGAAGACACAGUGAUGAGCAACUCGGGCAGAGACGAUCACAGCAAUUAAUUUGUAACUGUUGACCUUCGACCCCUCCGUCACUCUUUUCCCCAACACUUUGAUCAAGCUUCCACUAACAUCGUGCUACAGAAGGUCCUAAAACAUUUCAAACUGUGUAACAAAUGAAUAUGGUGCAGCUACAGGUUUAACUUCAACUUGUUUGUCGACGCGUCAUCGGCUCUUCUGCAGAUAUUCAUGUGAUUGUCUGACUCGGAUGCUGCUGAUUGCAGGUGGAGAGAUCCUCGCUUGUCAUAUUAAGAUUGUUAUACUCAAA